GUGACUGGACCGGACUCAUACCGGACUAGUUACGGUUCCGCGUGCUGAUCCACGGUUCACAGGUUCACAGUGAAGUUUCGGGCCAGCAGUGAUCCUCGACGCUAACUCCUUGCCUUUUGCUUGUGAAAGAGAAGGGAACUACUUCAGCUACACCUGCGUCGAGUUUUUACCAUGGCGAACCCCAAUGAAGACACGCAGUGGAACGACGUUCUUAGGCAAAAGGGGAUCCUGCCGCCCAAGGAAGAAGCGGAGAAGGCUUUUACUGAGGACGAAAUAGUGAACAUCGUAGAAUCAACAGUUAGAGAAAAACUCAAUGGUGCCGAAAAGGCAAUGGAAGACAUGACCCUGGAAGAACUUGAAGAACUUGAGGAUGAAGAAGAUGAGAGAGUGCUUCUGGAAUACAGGCAGAAGCGUCUUGCGGAGAUACAGGCUACAAUGCAAAAGUCUCGAUAUGGUGACGUUCGGGACAUCUCUGCAGACGACUAUGUGGAACAGGUGAACAAGGCUGGCGAAGGAGUUUGGGUCGUUCUCCAUCUCUACAAACCUGGCAUUCCAUACUGCACACUGAUCAAUCAGCAUCUCAACCAACUGGCGCCAAAGUUCAGGAUGACCAAGUUCCUAAGGAGUGUGUCGUCCAAUUGCAUCCCAAACUACCCAGACCACAACCUGCCGACCAUAUUCGUGUAUCGCGAUGGCCAACUGAAGAAGCAGUUCGUCGGACCCAAUGUGUUCGGAGGCAUGAAGUUGAAAGUAGACGAGCUGGAGUGGAUGCUUGCAGAAGUUGGGGCAGUCGAAACUGACUUGGAAGAGGAUCCCAGGCCAAAGACAAGGGAUGUUCUCUUAAGCACCCUGAAGGCAAACUAUGAUGACGCUAAUGACUGGUGAAGCAGGCCACUCUCCCAGGCUCUGAAACAUUUUUAUCUCGGGACAUUUUGGUCUUUUGCGGCCUUACCUUAAUCAUGGGGUGAUGUGGACAUCUAUCUGAACUGUAAAGAUCGACACAGCCUUUCUACAUUGUUCAUUUGUGGCCAAAGCAACCUGUGCUUUGUGUUAGAAAUGCAGUGUGUGCCUGUUCUCUGCACCUUUUUAAUGUAGCGACAGAAUGGCCUUUACUGUGCAAUGUUCUAUCAGCUGAGUGGAGACUGCAAACAUGUAUCAGCCAUUGCAAAGCACAGGUGAUUAAAUUUUGUAACCCUGAUUUUGCAUUUGUUCUGCAUAGGAAAGUUACUUAAUAAUGGAGAUAGUGGCAAACAAGCAUCCAGUCCUGAAUCAUGCGCCCAUACCAAUGAUAAUGUUGCAGUGCCACAGAUGUCGUAGCAUUAUUGCUUACUCUUGUUCAGCGAUCUUAUUUCAUAACGCAAUGCGGUCCUUUGUAAUGCAGUGCACUACAAAGGAUAGUCUCGACCAGACAUUGUAAAAACCUAUGUAGACCCACUGAGCUGGUGUGGGAAACUUUCAAGUGGUGCCUUUGACAAUUGCGUCAUUUUCUCAUGUAUCAAGGUAUAUGUUGUUUUCUUCUGCCCCUCUUCACAAAGAUGUUAAGGAUGAGUGAGAGAUGGAGAGGAGGAGAGGGAGCCAGAGAGGUUAACCAGAAUAACUUUCUGAUUGCUACCCUUCAGGUGAGCAGGAGGAAAGAGGCUACACAAGGGUGAGAGAGGGAAAUGAAAGAGAAGAAAAUUGAUUUUCGCAGAUAGGUUCCAGUAAGCAGCAGUGCAGGAGAAAGGAGCAAGAGAAUGACAAUGAAUGUGUGUCAUUGUGUGCAGUGUGAGGAGGUCUUGGGCAGAUAAUCAAGGAACUCAUUGGAAUGUGUAGCUAAAGUGCUUAGUCUGUGACGCUGUGGCUACGAGAUGCAAUCGCGAGCACAGGAGUGCACAAGGUUAUGCACAGUAUGCCGAGUGAAAGAAUUUGACUGAAGUCACUAGACAGUGCAGUAACAGCUCCCUUGUGAUAUUUCACUGAGGAAUGAAAUCUAAAGUAUUGAAAUGCAAAGUAUCGUCUGUGCUGUUCCAGCAUCACAUGUCGGCAAUAAAUCUGUAACAUUACUUACUUAGGGAAUGUAAGGGGCUUAACCGAGAGGCCCGAUUUUAUUAGGCAUAGCAUAAGAAGCCAACAAACACUGACACCAAGGACAACAUAUGGGAAGUUAUUUGUGCUUAAUAGAUUAAAUAAAGAAACGAUAAAUUAAUGGAAAUAAAAGUGGAUGAAAAAACAAGUUGCCGCAGUUGGGGAACGAUCCCACAACCUUUGCACUACGUAUGCUAUGCUCUACCGAUUGAGCUACUGAGGCGCCGAUUCCUUUCCUAGUUGAACUCGGGAGCGUUAGCCAGCGCCACCACUCAUAAACCUUGGUGGCAGAUAUGGGACAUACUUUCUGCCGCAGGUGUUGCGAGAACGUAAUCUUUUUGGUUGAAGGCAAUUGUGGGAUCAUUCCCCACCUGCGGCAAGUUGUUUUUUCAUCCGCUUUCAUUUCCAUUAAUUUAUCGUUUCUUUAUUUCAUUUAUUAACCACUAAUAAUUUCCCCUAUGUUGUCCUUGGUGUCAGUGUUUGUUGGCUUCUUAUGCUGUGACUAAUAAAAUUGGGCCCCUCAGUUAACCCCCUUUCUUCUCGUUUAGUACAUAACAAGGGUCUCGAAUCCGGCAACAUUGAUGCCUUCAGGUAGCAUGUGUGGGUUUAUUGACCGAUUGCCUUCACCCAAAACGAUCACAUUCUCGUAACGCCUGUGGCAGAAAGGAUAUUCCACAUCCGCUGCCAAGGUUUGUGAGUGGUGGCGCUGGCUAACGCUCGCAGGGUUCUACUAGAAAACAUAAAUAUCCAAGGAAGUGGAUGUGGAAACGGCGCCGCAGUAGCCCAAUUGGUGGAGCAUCGCACGCGAAAUGCGAAGGUUGUGGGAUCGUUCCCCACCUGCGGCCAGUUGUUUUUUCAUCCACUUUCAUUUCCAUUAAUUUAUUGUUUCUUUAUUUCAUUUAUUAAGCACAAAUUAUUUCCCCUAUGUUGUUGGUGUCAGUGUUUUUUGGCUUCUUAUGCUUAGGGAAUGUAAGUGAUAUUGACUACUAAUUGCCCGUAUAGGAAGAAAAAUGCUUUUCUAUACACAUGGGCCCAUGAUACCUGGUGUAAAGCCAGCUCCAAAAGUUUAUGGGACGUGGGUUCCAUGAUAAAGUUUAUUUUCCCAAGUGUUUGUUCCUGCAGCCAGUUAAACCAUACAGUGGUAUGUUCUUUUUCCUCAUACAAGUUUAGACUGUAAAUCUGAAUACAAGGCUGGGUGCCAAGAAUGCAGAGAUAGUUGGAUUUUUGUCACACUGAUAAUACAUGGCAUGCUGCUUCUGAGUACAAAGUAGCAAGUCAGUUUGCUGAUUAGGGACAUGCACCAAUGUGGCUUGAUUGCAAAGACUUCGUUCUUCGUUGUUCUUGAUUUAUGUACACAUUGAAAAACCCCAUGAAAACAAAAUUAAUUUACAUCUCUCAUUACCACGUACCUCGUGCCCAGUUGGUGCUUUGGGACAAGAAAUCCAAAAUUAAUAAUAAUUCUCUCUUGCAUGUGAGGGCUGCACAAGUUGACAAUGCUGCUGUUGCUCGCCAUGUUGGCAAUGACUGUGCUAAAAUUUCAAAGUAUUAUAAAUAUUUCAACAUGAUCCUGCAGUAGAAGCUAAGUAAUGAGGAUAUGUAUACCACUCGAAACCAGUAUUUCAUUCAUAGUCAAUGCUGUAAUCAAAUUUGGCUCAAUGGCAAAAUCAACUCAUAAAACAAACCUUCAGAAUCAAUCUUGGCUCCUUUAACCACUAUUUACAUGUAGACAGUAGCUUCACCUUUUUUUAUUUCAUAUCAGAUUAAUAGUUAUUUUGUAUUGCAAAGCAUUUGUGAGUUCGUUCAGUUCACAUACAAGCUGAAGGCUGAUUUUAACCAAAUUUGAACUAUAGUGCAUGAUGCAAUUGGGAGUGUUUGUAUGUGUAACACAUCUGGUGAUUUGAGGUAUGCAUGUAAGCCUUCUAAUGUCCCCAAGUGGCACAAACAAGAAAGCAGUGGACAAGGCGUAACUGUGCUCAGAACACGUAUAACAUCAUAGAGUAAUGCCAGCAUAAGUAGGCAGGAGCUGGACUCAUAAAAAUUGGAGAAAAAUUGACUGACAAGUUAUGAUAAUUGUCAUCAUGAAACUAUAAGUACUUGCCGAUGCCACUGCUUGUACCAAGUUGCUCGUGCCUGCUUCAUCUGCUCCAUACAAUUUGACAUAAGUAAGUUCUUGGUGGUGAGCAUAAAUAAUCUAUCUGAAGACAACGAUCAAGGGUGCAGAUAUUAAUCCUUGAAUUGUAUUUGCAUAAGAUUUGUGCAACUCCCAGUCUUCCUGUCUGACUCAUAAAUCUGUGAUGUCAGCAAGAUCAAAUGAUUCAAAUUUCAUUGUAAUCUUUCAACCUCAGAAAGCUCCUUCAAUUUUUAAGUAUGCAUGCCAAAAGAUCCAGCAGUUUUCUUUUAACAUCUUUUAGUAUUAUGGAGUAGUCAUAUUUUUUUGUAAUGUGAGUGCCUUGGAUAUGUAUUUCACACAGUAGUUGAACUUGCUCACAGUAUUGUCCUCCAGCAUUGCACUCUGUGCUCUCUGGUUCAUGCUUAAUGCUAGCCCUGUACUGUUGUGUUGUGUCGGGUAAUAUACCAUAUUCAUCACACGGCACUUACUCCAAGAGACGUCUAGUGAAAUUAUGUUGCAAGGUUCUGUCUUUCGGCAUAUCGUUGGCUGCGUGUCAUAUUUCCGGAGACUGUUGGAUGCAUAUUUCAUUGUUCUAUUUAUUGCACGGGGAAGUUGAAUAAAAAUUACAUAAAGAUUU